AUGACGGACUUCCAGAUGGCCUCCGGCUCCCUGGAGGAAAUCAAGAGCAUAUGCAGUGAGCUGCUGAACGCAACGGAGGAAGACGUCUUCAACAAGCUGAGUCUGUAUCACGAGUUGGAGAAAAAGUUAAACAAACUACAGCCAAUAAUAACGCGCAUACGUAUUCGUAGGAAUGAGAAGGAUGAAUCGAAAAGGAUCUAUGGGGAAAAGAUGAUGAAAAAUGUGGAUACCCUCCUAGAGAGGUAUGAUAUGGUUUACAACAUAUACGAGGAGGAACUAGCCAUCUUUAAAGAGAACUACGAAAUCGAAAAAGAAAAAAUAGUUGCAAAUAAGCUGCUACAGGAGCAGCAACGGAAGGAGCAUGAAGCGCAGCUAGUGAACAGAGGGAGGGAAGGAACCAAAAUGGAACACUUAACGAUUCAGAGGAUAAAUGAAGAAAAAAUGAGGACUCUACAGAACACAGAAGAGGACCAUGCGCAGAGGAUGAAGCGGGUGGAAACUAUAAAGGCGAUCAUUCAGGAGAAGUGUAACUUCCUCUGUGACGAGAUUGCUGCGGCGUGCGACCGUGGCGCGGCCGUGGAGUACGUACAUGCGCAGUUGGGCAACAGCGGCAACGCUGCGAACAGGGACAACAACGGCAACGACGCCGACAAGGCCCACACCGCCGACAACGACAACAGCGGGAACACUGCCAAUAGGGACAACACCGCCAGCCAGGCCAACAGCGGGGUCCACCUCGUGGACUGCCUCUACCUAAUGUAUAAGCAAAACGAAUUCAAGCCAUUCAGGGAGGCACUCCAGAAUAUCAUAGAAUACCUAACCCAUUUGGUGAAAAACAUCGACAACGAAGAAAUGAAACUCAUCAAUCUGAUGAAUCAGCAGUUCCAAAAAAAUAUUCUUUCCAAGAGGGGUACUCUUCUCCUAUUUGUUUUAAUUGGGUAUGUCGUGAGAAAGCCGAGGGACGUGCUGCAUGUGCUGAAGAAGCUGAACAGGCCACUGGACGAGAAAAACAUUUACCUCUAUUUGGAAGAGCCAGACAUUGCUGCUCACUAUGAGGGGUGGAAGUGCUGGUACGAUGAUCUGCAGACUGCGCUCGAUGUGCUGUGCUCCUUCUUCCGCUGCGUGAACAAGUAUUCAGACGUCCCUACGGACGAGCAGGUGCGGUCGGAUUUUUUGUACCUCCGGGGGAAGUUUGGCGAGGAGGGAAGUGCGACGAGGGGAGAAGUGUAA